AUGGCGACGAUUGCAUUGAGUGUCCUAUUGUCAUUUGCCCUGGUUCUCUCCGCACAAUCCGUUGUGGCACAGGACGAAAAAAUCACAGAAAUGGUGAACGGCGAGUUAGGCCCGGCACAAGUUGGCUUGGAGGAAGCUUCAGUAGACACUGGUGAAAUAAUAUCGUCUGAUGAGUUAAAAAAGAUUGGUUCAGAGAUCAAAGAAGCGUUCAAAAAUAUGGGAGAUGCCGUCAAUGAUGCACUUUCACCUGGACAGGGAGAGCAAUUCAUGCAAAGGUUUCUGGAAGGAGUCUCCACUGGUAUGGAGGCUGAAGCUGGACAGGAGAGGGAAUCAUCAGAGGGUGGUGAAGAAAGUGCUCCUUCAUCAGGGGAAGGAGAAGGAGGUGCUGAUGGUCCUUCAUCAGGAGAUGAUCAAGAAGCUUCUUCUUCAUCAGGGGAAGGAGAAGGAGGUGUUGAUGGUCCUUCAUCAGGAGAUAAUCAAGAAGCUUCUUCUCCAUCAGGUGAAGGGGAAGGAGGUGCUGAUGGUCCUUCAUCAGGAGAUAAUCAAGAAGCUUCUUCUUCAUCAGGUGAUGAAAAGGAAGCUUUUUCUCCAUCAGGGGACGAAAAAGAAGCUUCUUCUCCAUCUGAGGAUGGCGAUGCUCCUUCAUCAGGGGAUGCACAUGACGAAAAAAUCACAGAAAUGGUGAACGACGAGUUUGGCCCGGCACAAGUUAGCUUGGAGGAAGCUUCAAUAGAGACUGGAGACGCCGUCAAUGAUGCACUUUCACCUGGACAGGGAGAGCAGUUCAUGCAAAGUUUCCUGGAAGGAGUCUCCACUGGUAUGGAAAGUGAAGCAGGAAAAGAAAGUACUGGUGAAGCUGAUAAGGAGAAGGAAUCAUCAGAGGAAGGUAAAGAAGGUGCUCCUUCAUCAGGGGAAGGGGAAGGAGCUUCUUCUCCAUCACUGGAUGAUAAAGAAGCUUCUUCUUCAUUAGUGCACGGCGGUGCUCCUUUAUCAAGGGAUGAUAAAGAAGCUUCUUCUUCAUCAGAGGACGGCGGUGCUCCUUCAUCAGGGGAUAAUAAAGAAACUUAUUCUUCAUCAGGGGACGACAGUACUCCUUCAUCGGGAGAUGGUGAAAAUCUGCAUCUUAAAGGAUGGUGA